AAACGGAACUACAUUACCCAUCGUACUCUGCGCGAAUUGGGUUUACUAGCACCGCUUCCUGUUUCUUGAGGUUGGGCGGUAGGUUCAAGUGGAUUCAGGUUGCCAUAGCUGCAGCGGUGACAGUUUAUUCGGACGGAAGGGAAGAUACAGCAGAAGUAACGUCUUAAUGGCAGAGUCGUCGAGUGACUCCGACUCCUAUCUGCGAACACGAGCAAGCAGACGUGGGCCUAUGAGGGCUAGCCACAUGCAAGCAAGAUCCAGAGGAGUGGUGGAUGUUUCUGAAAAGAUCCAUACAUUGGCAAAUACACUUCAGGAUACAAGUAAAAACCUGAGACAGGUUGAUAAGAUGCUUGGAAAUUACAGAGAGAACAACAAUGAACAGACAGAGGCCAUUGCAUCACUAAAAGAAACUCUUGAGCAGUCAAUCGAUCAUCUAAGAAGUAAACGAUUGUCUCGUCUUUCUGGAACCAGAAGCGCAUCUCUAUCCAGUCUCUGCACCAGCGACCUGGAUGCAGGAGAAACAGUACCUGUCAGACACAAACUACAGCCAACUUCUCCCCUCAAGGAUUACAGCAAUAGGGGGGCAACGUGGCGGCGACGCCGUUCUCAUUCUGCCAACGUGAGGUUUGUAGAUGAAGCAAACAACUCUGAUCAGUUGCACACCAUGCACCAAUCACUUCGAGAUUUAAGCAGUGACCAGCUGCGUUUGAAUGAGGACUUUAGCAGGGAAUUUUCCAGAAGAAACAGGACUGAUGCAGAAACCAAGAGAGCACUUGAUGAAUUAACUGCACAUGUCAACGAGACCCAAAGGCAGGAAUCUGCUUCUGAACGUGUGGAGCGCAGGCUCCAAGAAUUAGAGCGGGAAAUGAAAACAGAGAGACAGAAAGUAGAACAUCAUCAGGAUCAUUUGGGCCAUGUUUCUGUUCAGCUCCAAGAGGCCUUGAAAAAAAAAGAAUCCCUAGCAGAAGAGGUAGCAUCAUCGCUGAAAGAAAAGCUUGGCCAGGCUGAGCGAGAGAAAAUGCAGAUGGAGACUGAGCUAAUUAAGUAUAGGAAGAGACUGGACCAGACAGAAGGUAGCCGGGAAGCUCUUCUUUGCCAGGUUGAUGAUCUCAGGGCUCAGCUUUUAAAAGCAGAUGAUGAUCGAGGGCUCCUACAGCACCAGGUUUCCCAUUUGUCUUUGCUAAGCCAACGUGAAACCCAAGAGGAAGAGAGAAGAGCGCGUACAGUUGAACGGAGAGAGCUUGAAAAGCAGGAGCUGGAGCGACAGAUAUUAGAGCUGCGUGCUCAGCUGAGCAGAAGUGCAAUCUUGUCUGAGGUGGAGGAGCUUAAACGAAGUCUUGAGCAGAAAGACCAUGAGCGGACUCAGCUUGCUGCGCAUAUAGAGGCAUUGACUUCAGACAUGGAUAAACGAGAGAAACAACAAAUGAAGAUGCUACAGCAGCUUAAGGACAUCCAGAGUCGUUAUGAAAUAUGUGAAAGUGAGAGGCAGCAGGCUGUUGACCAUGCUUCUGAGCUAAACCAACAACUGGAAGAGAUGAGCCAAGAAGCUGAGAGAUACUUGCGAGAACUAAGGCAAACUGAAGCGCUGAGAGCUGAGACUGAGAAGAAAAAAGUAGAGCUUAAGACCAAAGCACAGGCAGCAGUUAAACACUGGAAGCUGAAAUUCAAAAAGUUAGAAAGGGAGAUAGAGAAACAAGAAGAAACAAUUAAUCAAAUAACAGACAGUAGCAUACAGGUAACAAAAGAAAGAGAUGAGAUGCGGUCUCAGUUUCAAGCCACUUUGCAGCAAGCAGACAGCCUUCGCAGGGAGCUGGCUGAGAUUCUGGCGAGGCGUGCUCAGCAAGAGGAAGAGUUGCAUCUACGGGAUGUGCGUCUGAGUGAGGCACGGGAGCAACAUCUAGAACUAGAGAGAGAUUUACAAGAGUCACAAGAAACAGUUGGUAGACUUCAGGUGGAAUUGGAAAAGCACAGAGAUCUGCUGCAUCAAAUGCGGGAGGACCAUGACAAGUUACAGGAAGCUCUUCUGUCAUCUGACCAGACCCAGAAGAAGAACAAGGAAAGAAUGUUAGAACUGCAAGAGGCAGUGAAGAAUGUUAGUUUAGAAAGGGCUGAACUGAGCAACCAGCUGGCAAAGGAAAUUAAGGCUUCUAAAGAUCUACAGAAAAAUUUGUGUGAAGCCCAGAAACAAGCAGAAUUUGCACGGGAAGAACUUACUCUUGCAGGAAAACAGUUAAAGAUGGAGAGGGAAGUGCACCAAAAGGAACUGACAGAUAUGCAUUCUGCAGCUCAGAGUACAAAAAGCAAGCAUGAGCGAAGCGUUCAGGAAAUGAUUACACAUUUUAGGCAAGAAAGAGAAGAGCUGGAGAAUCACAUUCACACCUUAAAGGCAGAGCUGGUGGAUAGCAAAUCCCUGAUAAAGUCUGAACGCCAGCGCAUAGAGAGAAUGAAAGUGGAAUGUGACAAGCUAGCAGAAGAGGUUUCCCAAAUGACUGAAGAGAAUGCUUCACUUCACUCAAAUUAUCAGCUGGCUAUGCAGGGUGUAGAUGACAAGGAAAGGGAAAUAAAGUCCAUAGAACUUAAUGCUGGAAAACUGGAAGUGGUUAACCAGAAGCUAACAGAGCGACUAAAUUCUGUAGAAACGGAGCAGGAAACUAUCCUAAGUGCCAUAGAGGCAGAGCUCAACACAGCUUGCCACCUUCUGUCUAAAGACUCCAUGGAUAAUUUCAAAGCCAUAUCCAACACAUCACACCUCAGGAAUGAUCCUCACUACAGGCUGGCAGAGACUAAGACCAAACUGCAAUGGCUGUGUGAGGAGGUGAAGGAACGAAAGGAACAAAACCGAAAAAUUCAGUGUCAGCUCCAGCACAGCCAGGAACAACUAAAGGAACAAAGGCAGAACAGAGACUCCGAGCUCGAGGCUCUGUGCCAGCAGAUCACAGAACAAAAGCAGAAGCUAGUGGAGGCUGACCAAGAAAAGAAGGAGCUGUUGGAGAAAAGCCAAAGAAGAGAUGAAGAGAUGUGGCUUCUUCAGGAUCGAGUCAUGGAUCUGGAAAGGAGUACAAGAAUGGCCUUGGAUCACCUGGAAUCUGUUCCUGAGAAACUGAGUUUGCUGGACAGCAUGAAAGACCUCUGUGACUCACAUCAGCAAAGAGAAGUAAUGGAGGAACGAUAUGCUCAGUACAGAGAGAUUGUUGGAUCUCUUCAGCAACAGCUAGAAGAUUCCAAGCGCAGAAUUCAGGAAUACAGGGAGGAGAAGGUUAAAGCAGAGGCACACAGUGUACGUCUCGCCUCCCUGUCAUCAUCAUUACGGGCCCAUAACAGCUCCCUGUCCAACUCUCUACUUUCGGAUCACAGCGCAGCUUCCUUGAAGGGGCGACACAGUGAUUUCCUUGGAGACCACAUACAAUUCAUCACCAUGAAAGGGAAGGCUUCCUGAAAAAAAGAACAGAAUAUCCCAUGCCAGUACCAAGUGCAUUAAUCCAAUCUCAAACUGAAGAAAGAUGCCAACAGUGUAUUUUUUUGGUAAAGGUUAAGACCGGCUACCCUUAAGACUUGGAAUAAUAUUUGUCUGUCUACAAAUCAACAGAACUUGAACAUGUAUUCAUGCAAGCACUUUGCUGCUCUGGGCCCACCCAGACCCCUGCAAUUUACUUAGCUAACCUAUCAAAUUCCAAGCAUAUUUACCAUUCUAGCCAUUAGGUGACCUGUCACCCAGACAUAAACUAUACAAUAUAUAAUAAUAGUAUGCUAUAUUAAGUCCUUUCCAAAUGAAGCAGGAAACCCGAAUUUUUAUUUAAAAAAAAAACAUCAAUACCGGUUACAAAUGUAUUUAAAAAUCUCAGCUGUCCAUUAUAUAUUGCCUUCCCUCCUCCGCUAUUAUUGAUUUCUCAGGCAUCUGUGGAUUUUAGCUUGUCCUGCCCAGGAUAGCAAUGAUUGCUUGGAUUUUAAUAGCAAUGUAAACAUAGAAUUGUUUUCUCCUGCAUGUGGCCCCUCAAAUGCAAUCACCUACCAAACCUGCAACAGUGAUUGUUUAUGAAAUGGUUAAAAAAUCUGAAUCACCAGUCCAGGUUGUUUACAAAUGACUAAAUGUGUAUUGGUUCUCUUGUUUUCAUGCCAAACGUGAUGGUCACGCUGAGGAUUUUUAUAUUUGUUUCUAUUACUGUACAGCACAAAUGUUAUUUCUUGAUUUUGAUUUAAGCUAUGAACUCAUGAAAUAUGGUAUUGUAAACAAAGGAAUGAACAAUUAUGUUUCUAUAAAUUUUGUUAAAA